CGCUGAUUAAGGACGUUCCCGAAACGCGAACAUGACAUCAAUAGGCAUCGACGAGGACUCUAUCCCAGAUCUCACCCAUAAGGUGGCACUGAUCACCGGCGGCGGGUCGGGGAUCGGGUUCGCGGCGGCCAAGAUCCUACUCUCCAAGAACGCCACCGUCCACGUAAUCGACAUCAAUGAGCCCAGCGGCGCAGACCCCGGACACCCCGAGCCCUGGCAGAGCUGGGAGGCCUUCCACUUCCACCGGUGCGACAUCACCUCGUGGGCGGAACAGCUCGCCGUCUUCGACUCCAUCGGACGGGUCGACAUGGUCUUCGCCAACGCCGGCGCGGGAGAGCAGCACGACGACUUCGCGCACGAGUCCGUCGCGGAGGGCCGGGAGCCUAGCUACGCGCAUCUGGUAGACGUCAACCUCAUCGGCACCCUCCACACCGUAACGCUCGCGAGGAGGAGCAUGCGCCAGCACGCGGUGACGCAAGGCAGCGUCGUCAUCACCAUCAGCGCGUUGGCCUACGCGCCGGAGCAGUCGCUGCCAGUGUACACGGCCAGCAAGAUCGCGCUGGUAGGACUGGUGCGGUCGCUAAGGUCGACGAUGCUCUCGCAGGAGGGCAUCACUAUAAACGGCGUCGCGCCGGCGGCGACGAUUACCAACCUCCUUCCGCCGCACUUCGCCGCGCCGAUCGUGGCAAUGGGUCUGCCGACCAGCGAGGCGAGCUUCGUAGGUCGCGCGCUGGUGUACGCCGCGACGGCGAAGCAAGACCGGAGGGUCGAGGUCUACGGGAAGGAAAGCGACGGCGAUCUGUGGCUGGGAGGCGCUCAGGAGAGGUGGAACGGGCGGGUCAUCCUGACGCUGGGAGACGCGUACACCGAGCUGGAAAGCUCGAUUGCGGAUCUGAGGCCGUAUUGGUUUGGGCAGGAGAAUCUACGUCUGACGAGGGCGCAACAAGCGGCCACGGAUUUUCGCAACGUCUAACGGUAGACUUUGAUGAGGCAUGUAUUUUAUAUGACGUGAUUUAUAUGACGGAG